AUGGACGCUAAUUCCAAUUUUUCAGUUUCAGACGUGUGUGACGCGCACUGUCACCCACAGUACGAUAAAGAAAAUCUCGACGCGAUUGCGAAUUUGAACAUUGCAAAGCUGUGUGUUAUGGGAACUAAUUCGCACGAUUUGGAUACUGUUUCGGAGUUGUCGAAAAAGUUCCCGAAUAAGGUGAUUCCAUGUUUUGGUUUUCAUCCGUGGUACGCACAUACACUAACACUUCAAGAAGGAAAGGUAGAUAAAAAUUCACACUAUCGCACCGUAUUUCAACCAACACCAACCGCGACCACAAUUAAUAAUGACAAGGAUGAUCAACUUGACGCCUUGAUUCCCCUCCUUGAAGAACCAAUAAUAUUCAAAGAGUGCCUAAACAAACUGGAAUCUCUUCUCAAAACACAUACAUCUGCACUAGUCGGUGAAAUAGGAUUAGACAAAUCUGCGCGUCUAAAACAUCCGGAAACCCUAAAGCUCACCGUCUAUCAGUCAAACAUUCAGCAUCAACUCGCAUUAUUCGAAGCGCAAUUCGAUAUUGCGGCAAAGUAUCAACGAGCAAUCAGUGUACAUUGCGUUCAGACAACAGGUUACAUAGCUGAUUUGAUUCAACGUAAGAUCAAACAACAGCAAGAACAAGAAAAGGAGGACAAUAAGAGCCCGCAACCACUCUUACCUCCACGUAUUUGUUUGCAUUCUUACGGUGGAUCUGUCGACACGAUAAGAAGUCUCACAAAGAAACCAAGUAAACGGCAAUUAAAGAAACAAAAUAAGAUCACCUCUUCCGCUGAUAAUCGAACAAUAUCAAAAUCUAAUGAGGAAUGUGAAAUCUAUAUCUCUUUUAGCAGUGUAAUUAACGGACGUUACGCGAGAUUAGGCGAACUGAUUAAAGCGGUUCCAGAUGAUAGACUUUUGAUCGAGAGUGAUUUGAAUUCUCCAAUUGAAAUUGAAGAUCACAUGAAAAGAAUUAUCGAGAUCGUUAGUGAGGUUAAAGCAGAUAUGGCAGCAGUAGAACCUACUAAAGCACAGAUACAAGAAAUCUUUCAAAAGUUUACCGCUCAACGAGCAAAUAAGGUUUGCUUUGACUGCAACGCUAGAAAUCCUACCUGGUCAAGUGUCACCUUUGGAAUCUAUCUUUGCUUAGAUUGUUCUUCCGUUCAUCGAAAUUUGGGGGUUCACAUUAGCUUUGUGAGAUCAAUUUCCCUAGACUCUUGGACAUGGGACCAGCUUCGGGUGAUGAAAAUGGGUGGAAAUAUUGCGGCCACAGAGUACUUUGCAAAACAUGGGAAUUCGUCAACUAUAAAUAAAAAAGACGUGAAAUCAAAGUAUACUUCACGAGCUGCGUUGAAAUACAAAGAGGAAUUAUUAAGAAGAGCUAAAGAAGAUGCUAUAAAGCAUCCUGAAUUUGACGUGGCAGUAGAGCAUAACGAAGACGAUCAUCAACAAUCAAAUUCUGCAAAAGAUGACUUUUUCGAAAAACUUGAAACAAAACCCAUAAUAAACACUGCAGAACAAAAUCCUCCCCAAAGUUCUACUACUCCUAAUACAACAGCAUCCGCUGUUACUACGACGACAACUAUCUCUCAAAAAACCUCAACUACCUCCUCCAAUCGUAAACCAAAUUUCGCACGCAAUAAAACACAAGGUCCCAAAAAAAAUAAGUUAGGAUUAGGCGCCAAUGCCGAGUUUCCUCUUAAAGAUGAAAAAGAUAGUAAAAAGCCAGAUUUUUUGGAUGACAAAGGAUUAACUUUCAAUCCUCGUAUAAUAUAUAAUGAAUUAGCUUACAAUCCUGAGGGCAAUGCUAGUAAUAAUGAUGGAAGCGGAUCAAUAUCUUACAAAAGUAAUAGUUUCGAGAUUGAUAGGCUUGGGAUGGGUGUUUCUAGAUUGGGAUUUGGAACUGUUGCGUCUGUUGACAAUAAAGCAUCAAAGACCGGAGAUGUAAAUACAAGAUUUGUUGGAUUUGGGUCUACAGGCUUCAACGACGAUGAUAAUUCCAAAGGUGAUAUGGAUGCCGACUCUGAAUAUGCACGACAAAAAUUUGGUAAUCAGAAAGCAAUCUCCUCCGACCAAUACUUUGGUCGUAACCAAUACGAUCCGGAAUCAUUGUCGCUCGCUUCUGACCGACUUCGACAAUUCGAAGGCGCCUCAUCGAUAUCGUCCAGCCAAUACUUUGGUCGUGAAGAGGAGGAAUCUUCACGUUCAGAAAAUAUCGAUUUUAGUACCUACCAAGUAAACGCCACCGAAUUUGCACGAAAGUUUAUUGGACAAGCGGCCGCGGAUUAUGAUACUAUAAAGACCAUGGUGGACAAAGGAAGUGAAAAAUUAAAAGAUUACAUUCAAGAGCUUCAGCAACGGGUUAAUUAUUAA